AUGAUAACGGACGCUCUUCUUCCACUCACCAUUAGCAAUGUCCGCCAUGUGCAUUCCACACCACUCGGAGUGGUGAUGCCUUGUGCGCGAAUGUUCGCCUCGACGGUGGAAAUGUUGAGUUCACAAGAAAUUCCACGAAUAACAAAUUUAAAUGACUUGUCUACAGGCGAAGUUUGUAAGAACUUAAUCCUUGCGGGGAUCGGAGAACUUACUCUCCUUGAUGUUACGUUGGUUGACGCUGGUGAUAUCUACGGAAAUUAUUUGUUUUCUGCCGAAGACAUUGAUUUGAAUAAAGGGAAGGCGGCUUAUUGCAAACUUUCAAGAUUAAAUCCACGAGUUCAAGUGCAGUACAAAGAGUUAAGUGUGGACUGGUUAACUGUAAAAGAAAAUCUCCGGGGCUUUGACUUGGUUGUGGUAACCUCCUGCAGUCUAGAGAAGGCCAUUAAGGUCGAUAGUUUGUGUCGUGAACUACACAUAGGAUUUUUCUUUGGUCGAGUUUCAGGUUAUUAUGGUUUCGCUUUCUUGGACUUGGGCCUUCACAAAUACACAAGGAUACAGCAGGACCCAAAAGAAUUUAAACCAGAAUUUUUGACAGUGGCGUAUGCGGCGCUACAGGAGGCGCUAAGCACCACGCUUGUGAGUGCCUCGCCCCUCACUCAGCACAAACGCUUUAGACUUUUUAUAUGUUUUCGGGCCAUCUUUAAUUUUGAAGAAAUCAAUAAAAGGUUACCUUUACCUCAAGAUGAAAUUGACCAAAAGACUCUUAUAGAUAUAAAAAACUUCAUUUUAAAGAAUAACGGCUUUCACCCGUCUGUUGUGCCAGAUACUCUUUUGCUCGGUAUAAUGGACAAUUUUCUAUUGGAACUUGGGCCUGUAGUUUCUAUUGUAGGGGGCGUUCUUGCCCAAGAAAUUAUUAAGUCGCUGACUCAACAAGGCUGUCCUCUUAACAAUACUUUUUUUUAUGAUGGCGUUGAAAAUGAAGGUACAGUGGAGCAGUUUGGGGCGAUCAUUUGAUCAAGAAACUCUGAAAUUACGUAAAUAUAGUAAACUCUUUACUAAGGAUUGACAGAUCGAGUAUUAACCUAAGUUAAUAAGACGUACUAUUAGUAA